UUUUAUGAAUGAACUCUUCUGCGAGCAGCUGUUACGUCACCCUAGGAUGCAACUUUCAAUGAGAUCUCUCGUAGCAGGAGUUAUCUCCGUGCUGUUGAUCGCACACUGCAAGCUCUCAUCUGGGAGACCUUUGCACCAACACGGCAACAAUUCCAUGUGUCACGACGUUCGGCCUUGCAAGCAUCCUGUUUUCGACCAAGUGAGGUGUCUGGUGUCACAUCUGAACCUGUCAGCUCCGGCGUUGUUUGAGAAUUAUCUCAGAACCCAAGGACACCCCUUCACCGAGAAGAAUAAGUUGGAUGAGUUUUGUGAGCCCGACCAGGAGUUUCCUCCCUUCGUCGCCUCGCUCAGUGACAAGGAGAGGGUGGUCAACCUCUACAAGAUCUUUGUCUAUUUCAACGCUUCCUUGGACAACAUCACCAAAGACCAAGAGAGCUUCGACAACUUUGAUUCCAAAGAAGACUUGCUACGGAGGCUCAGAAAUACCAACAACCACACGGCUGGCCUCCUCUCCAAUCUCACGUGCCUGCUCUGCUCCAAGUACAAAGUCAACCACGUGGACGUGACCUAUGGCAAUCAUUCCAGCACCGACAUCUUUGAGAAAAAGCAGAAAGGUUGCCAGAUACUCCGGAAAUACACAAAGGUCAUCCGGCAUGCGGCACAAGCUUUGGGACAUUGUCGUCACAAGCAGACAUGA